CUCAAAGAUAGAAUGGGAGAACCCGGCAUACGCAGUACGAGAGAAUAAAUAACAUAGUGACCAGGUGCGCGAUUAAACGAUCCCGGCACACAGGAAGCGAGCAUUCGCCGCAAGCGAGAAAGCUGUCAAGCGCGAACGCGCGAAUUCGCGUUCGCGUACCAUGGACUCGUAAGAAGACUAUUGAGUUCGAACCGCCAGAUCUCUUUGAAUUCUCGUCCUGCUGAUUUUUCUUCCCCUUCCGGCAAUAUGGACGAGAACUUGAGCCGGGGAUAUGUUCAACUGGGCAAGGCCAGGGGCAUGAACGAGUUUAAAUUUUCGAAUGGAUUCACGCAUCUCUCGCCGCCUGUUGAUAAAUGCAACUUCAUUUACAUGGCUCUGAUUCUUGGUGGCAUAGGAUUUCUUCUCCCUUAUAACAGUUUCAUUAUAGCGGUAGAUUACUUUCAAGCGAGAUAUCCAGGAACUACCGUGAUAUUCGACAUGUCUGUCGUUUACAUUAUUAUGGCUUUCUUCGCAGUUUUCGCAAACAAUAUACUGGUCGAAACCUUAUCGCUGAAUACACGAAUUACGUUUGGGUAUCUGGUAUCCUUUGUUACUUUGAACUUUGUGGUGAUCUGCGAGAUUUGGUGGGAACUUUUCGGUGUUGCGACUUCCUAUACUAUUAAUUUAGUUGCCGUUGCGAUAGUAUCGCUUGGUUGUACAGUUCAGCAAUCGAGUUUUUAUGGAUACACAUCAAUGCUUCCCAGUCGAUAUACGCAAGCUGUGAUGACGGGAGAAAGUGUUGCUGGCUUUUGGGUAUCAAUUAAUCGAAUAAUAACAAAGUCGCUACUCAAUGAUGAGCGUGGCAAUACAUCCAUGUUCUUCGUUCUGUCGAAUAUGACGAUCCUGUUGUGUUUCGUUUUACAUCAAAUAGUACGGAAGACCGAUUUUGUACAAUUUUACAUAACAUUAUGCCAGGAGAGAAAUCGAAUCACUUUAGAACCAACGGAAGAUGUUGGUCUGAUGGAUCCAUUAGAUCAAGUCGGCGAUCCCUCGAAAGGCCAAUACGGAGUGUUGAAGAUUCAAACGAGUCCAUUGGGGACAGAAUCCACGAGUGGAACCGAUUUGAAUACGUCUCGACAAUAUUCUGCAUUCUCGUUCAGCAAUCCAGUUUACGAGCCUAGCGCACCUUCGGGUAAUCCACCUGGUAGUGCUGGACCGACUUAUAAGGUCGAAGACGUCGUAGUUAUGAGAGGCGCUUACGGAACACAAAGCACAAGUACACCAUGGUCUGGCAUAAAAAGAGGUCUACUCGCAAGACUCGAAGUUGCCAAAUUGAUCUUCCCAUACAUGGCCAGCAUUGGAGUCGCUUAUUUCGUAACGCUUUGCUUGUAUCCAGGAAUCGUAUCGGAAAUAAUAUCCUGCAAGUUCGAAUCGUGGAUGCCGGUUAUUUUGAUGACCGCAUUCAACGCCUCUGAUUUAUUGGGCAAGGUAUUUGCUUUAAUACCUUACGAAUGGAAACGUACUCAACUACUGUAUUUCUCUAGUGCGCGGGUAAUACUUAUUCCCCUAUUUCUGCUUUGCGCAAUUCCACGUGGUGCUCCUAUUCUUUCCGGCGAGGGAUACCCGCUCUUGUUCUCUUGGUUGCUUGGUCUUACGAAUGGUAUAGUCGGUUCGAUACCUAUGAUCCAAGCACCGAGCAAAGUACCAGAGGAACAUCGAGAACUCGCAGGUAACAUUAUGACGUUAUCGUAUAUCACCGGAUUAACUAUCGGUUCUCUAUUGGCAUAUAUGAUGGAUGCCUGUCUCGGGCCACCUGUGCAAGUCAAGGACGUGUGUUCCAAGUUGGUGAAGACUCAAACUUCGUCGACCAUGUUUAGUAACGUGACGGCGAGCAUCUUGACGACCGCGAUAUCCUCCACCUUGCCCGUCGAGAAAACGACGAUAAUACCGAAGCCAAAGACCACCGUCAAUGUGCUAACUACAAUUCUGAUGUCCACGUUAUUGCCGAAUAGCACCGUAAGCUUAUUAAACGAUGAAGGCUCGCUGAAUGCAUCGACAACAGUCUUACCGAAAAUCUUAGCUAAUGUUACCACUUCGGCAAGUAACGCAAUUCUGCAACAUUAGGACAUACAUGUUUGUGUGUUGUGUUAAAUCUGGUGUUUACAUAUAAAUAUAUGAGAAAUGGAUAGAGAGAGAGAGAGAGAGAGAGAGAGAGAGAGAGAGAGAGAGGAAGGAAAAAGAGAGAAAAAUAAAAAAAGUAUGUGUACGUGUAUGCGUGUGCGCGCACGCGGAAAAAGUGAUAUAUGCGAGUUAAGAAGCGAGUUGCUACAAGAUUGGUUAAACUUUUAGAUUGGCUAAACUUUUGAAUUAAUGUAAUAAUAAUUGUUGAAAAAUAUGUUUUCUUUUUGUAUUGCCAACUCUCUAUAAGACGCAAUAUUUAUUGUUCAUAUUAUGUAUUAUCGCGGAAUUUAUUUUUUGCUUAAUUAAUUUAUGUAUAUAAAAAAAACAUCGUUUUUAAAGAGAUUAGAAAAAUAAAAAGAAAUAGAAUACGUAAUUCUAUUACAAAUGGCUAUAAUAAUACUGUUCAAACAAUAUGUAACGUUAUUAAAACACGAGAUGUUCAAUAACUAUUUAUAAAUGUUCUGGUCAUUUAAAAAAAUGUAUAGAUGAAAUAGAAUCUCUCUCUUGGAAAUAAAGGCCAGAGAGAAAAUAGUGCAAAAAAAUUAAAUCUUUUAAAGGAUUCUUUAUAUAUUAUAUAUAUAUGGUAAUCCGAGACUGAUUUUUUUAAAAAUCAUAUAAAAUAGAAACAAGCAUAUUUCGAAUUGUAAACCGUUUCAAUAUCUAUUUGAAACAUCAUCAGCAUUAAUAUAUUUUUUAUUCACUAAUAAGUUUUUUUUUAUCAAUAUGGAAAGAAGGAAGAGAGGGUAAAAUCUAUUUCUUCCUUAUUAUGCAAUUGAUUGUAUGCACUGUAUCAUAUGAGAUAAAUAUGGAACAAUAAAGAGAGAGAGAGAGAGAGAAAGAGAGAGAAAGAGAGAGAGAGAGAGAAAACUAUUUUGAGAAUUGAGUUUGAAACGACUGCUGUGAGAAAGGAAAAAAACUAAAAUUUAAAAAAGCUAUAAAUAAUUAUUUUUAGAUUAUAUAUCAAUAAUAAGUUUAUAUUAAAAAACAAAUUAUUAUUUAUUAUUAAAUUAAGUAAUAAUAUACUUUUGGAAUUUACAAACAUUUUCAAAACAUAUACAAUUCUUAUUUAUCUUAUUGUUUUUAAUAACUAUGAUGUUUGAUUGUUUUAAAUAACAUAAAUAACGCUCCUUGACUUUUGCUCUAUCUAAAGAAAGAGCUUCAUGUUAAAUAUUCUUCCGUUGAUAUUUUGUUAAUAAUACUUUUAUUUUUGCACGUAUAAAAAAAAGUUGUAAUUUGUUCUAUAAUCUAUUUACUUAAAAACAAAUAAAUAAACAAAUUUUCGAAAAGAAAUUUAUCUGUUUUAAAAAUGGAUCACAUCUAUAUUUGCAUAGAAAUUGGUUAAAUUCUCCUUUUUUUAAGAGAAACAGUAGAUUACUUCAAAAUUCUCUCUUUCUCUUUAUAUUACAUAGUUGAUCGGAUUAUUUGAGGUGAGAAGAGUGUUUAAUAUAUCUUAGUAAUAUUACAUAAUAAUAAAAAAAAUAUAUAUACAUUGUACAUAAAUUUGGUAUUAUUGUGAGAAAAGCUAUUAUUUAAACAAAUUAAACAUAAUUGAAAUAUCAAAUGUUAAUGAACAAUAUGCUACUUAUUAUUUUAUAUUUUAAAAAUUCAGGCAAUGUAGCUUAUCUUAACCAUCAUUUUAUCUAACAUCGAAUUAUUAUAUAAUACGGAUAAAAAAGUAUAAGUAUUUUAAUUUAUAUUUAGCAAGAAAUAAGAAUAACAUAAAAUUGUUUAUUAUAUAUAUAUAUUUGUGUUUCAAGUUGAUAAUAAAAGCCAUUACAUCUUGUUAGAUAUGUUAGAUAUUCAGUGUAUAAAUUUCUGCUAUUUUUGUAAAUUGCAUGAUAUAUACUAUAGUAAACGCUAGUUCAAAUAAAAAAUGAAUUUUUAUUUUAUUUUAUGGAAAAUUAUAUUGUAUUUGUUGAUAUGAAUACUGUGUUCAUUAAUAUUUAUUUAUGCGCAAGCUAUAUUGAUGCACUUGGUUUUGUAUGUACUGUGAUAAAGUUGUCUUUCGAAAUAUCACCAGAUUAAACACACGCACAAAGGAAUCGCGACAAUUGUGUAUAACAUUGCGCUUACCGGUAUCAAGCUGAAGAAAAUGGUUUGCAAGACAUACGUGAGGCUCCACAAAUGUUCCUUUUCUGUUAAGGAUAUCGCGUGCCUUUUAUUUCGUAUCAGCAAAUUGCUGUUUCGAAUAAUGUUUUCAAGAGCGAUAAUGGAGCAGAAUUGUUGAUUUUUGUUUGUAGAAAAUGAUAUGUUAUACAUAUAUACUUAUCUUGUACGUUAAUUUACGUCUUUGUUAUUGCUUUAAUGCGUAAUAGACUGUUAAACUAUAUUUAAUGGUUGAUAAUCAAGAAGUUUUUGCCAAUAAGGUUACUGCAUGAGUAUAUUCUGUCAAGUUGUUAUACGCAUCUAUAUGUGUAUAUAUAGUUGAUUGAGACUUAAAUGUAAAAUAUGUGUAAUUUAUGUGGCAUAUUAGGCGUCUCCAUAAUUACUUUACAAUUCACUAGAUCUACCACUUUUUAGAUGCACUUUUGAAAGGAAUACAUUAUAAAUAAAACACAUUAUGCCACAUUAUAUAUUAUGAUUCGUAGUAAAAAAAAAGAGACAACAAUAAACGAUAAUUGACAUAACUACUAUUUGAUAUACAUAUGUAUUACAUCUCAAGCAUAAAAAGACAAAAGUAUAAUCCAUUAUAAAGAUCCUAAUCAUAAUACAAAGAAUUAUAGUUGAAGCACAAUUGUUUUCAUGUCUACCGAUUUUAAUUUAAUUGUUGUAAACAAUACAUGAUCAUUUUUUUAUUUAUGCAAAAAAACAAAUAUUUUUGAAAAUUUUAUCAAAUAUUGCAAAAUUUAUAUAAAGAAAAAUAUAUUAUUAAAAUUACUUUGUUUAUAUAAUUUAAUUAUUGUUCUAAAGAGAUAGGACAAUGGUUGUCAAAUUUUAUCUAUAAAAAAUAAGAAUGAAAAAAUAACGUUUAUUAAUAUCAAACUUUUCUACGAUAAUACAAGUCCGAAAAAAUUCAAGUACUCUUUUAUUUUUAUAAAAUAUAAUAUGCGUCAAAGAUAUUGGCUGUUAGUUACGAAUCAUUGUUAGUUGUUUUUCUUGCUACGAUCACUCAUGACAUAUCUAGACAUGAAUACGUUGACACUUCAUCUAGUAAAUAUGAAUUAAAAUGUUUAUGAUGUUUAGUACGAUAUACUUCCUAAAAAAGAAAGAUCGAUCUUCUUACAUUCCUGCCCCCUCCAGCUUCGUUAAUUGCAUUAUCUGGUCAAGACAUAUCCGAUGUUACGUAGAAGAUUGUAAUCAAAGUUUGUGAAAUUAAGACAUAGUUAAUAGCUCUAUGUAUUAUAAAGAAAUAUGUAAUACAUUCGAUCACACAAUGCGACUAA